AAUUUGCCGCCAAAACUUUCGGAACAGUUGCGAUUAAUCACGUGACUGCGCGGAAAUGAAAACGGAAGCAUAGACAAUACAUAUAUAUAAAAAAGAAAAAAGUUGUGAUUGCCAGUCAUAUUGUUGAGAAAUGUUAAUUUCGAUUGACGUUUCGUAAAUUUUGUGAAGUUUUUGAAUUGGCGGGUGUAGGGUUGAUGUGUGCGAGCGAGAAGGUCGGCAUGGAGAGUUCGGGUGAGGAAACAGGACGGAGUGCACCCCCCGCGCCGCACACACCCUCAGUCACACAACCGAAUGGAUCCAAUAAGAUCAUCGGACGAAAUGUGAAUGGAACCAUACCAGGCUCUUUGUCUCGGGUUUUUACUGGGUCUGGCUCUAAUGUGCAUAGCGCGAGAAUGCAUCGAGAUCUUGCUAACAAUUGCUUUUUUAUGAAACACAUAAAAAAUAAGUGUGUUAUGAUGAAACAAAGAGAACGGUAA